AUGGUGGGUGACGUGAUUGGGGCCCAGAGCUACGCGUCCGCUGCCAAGUGCCAGAGCACCUGUGCCCUGGUGUUCAGUCUUCUCAUCUCUCUGGGGCUGAUCAUGGCCAUGGUCAUACCAGAAUGCAAUGAGCUAUUCCUUCAUGUGCUUUCCUGCCUUUCAUUUACUCUGCCUUUUAAACUUCUCCCGCAGCUUUCCAAAACCAACUUCUCCAACAACAACGACUUCCGAGCUCUCCUGCAGUCCCUGUCGGCGACUUUCAAGGAGUUCAAGAUGCACGAGCAGAUUGAGAACGAGUACAUCAUCGGGCUGCUGCAGCAGCGCAGCCAGACCGUGUACAACGUGCACUCCGACAACAAGCUCUCGGAGAUGCUGAGCCUCUUCGAGAAGGGUCUGAAGAACGUUAAGAAUGAAUACGAGCAGUUAAAUUACGCAAAGCAGCUGAAAGAGAGAUUGGAGGCCUUUACCCGAGAUUUUCUUCCUCACAUGAAGGAGGAAGAGGAGGUCUUCCAGCCCAUGUUAAUGGAAUAUUUUACGUACGAGGAGCUGAAGGACAUCAAGAAGAAGGUGAUCGCCCAGCACUGCUCUCACAAGGACACGGCCGAGCUCCUGAGAGGCCUCAGUCUGUGGAACCAUGCCGAAGAGCGCCAGAAGGUUUUCAAGUAUUCCGUGGAGGAGAAGGCGGACAAAGAAGCGGAAGGCUCGGGGCAUGCCGCAAGCAUAAGCCAUCUUCCCCCCGAGGUGAUGCUGGCCAUCUUCAGCUACCUCAGUCCCCGAGAGCUGUGCCGUUGCAGCCAGGUCAGCACCAAGUGGGCCCAGCUGGCUAAGACGGGCUCGCUGUGGAGACAUCUCUACCCUGUCCACUGGGCCAGAGGGGACUGGUACAGCGGUCCGGCCACGGAGCUGGACACGGAGCCAGAUGAGGAGUGGGUGCGGAGCAGGCAGGAUGAAAGCCGUGCAUUCCAGGAGUGGGAUGAAGACGCCGAUGUGGAUGAGUCUGAGGAGUCUGCAGAGGAAUCGACUGCCAUCAGCAUCGCACAAAUGGAAAAACGCUUGCUCCACGGCUUAAUCCAUAAUGUUCUACCACAUGUCGGCUCUUCCGUAAGGACCCUUGUAUUAGCAUACAGCUCGGCAGUGUCCAGCAAAAUGGUCAGACAGAUCUUAGAGCUUUGCCCCAACCUGGAGCACCUGGAUCUCACCCAGACUGGCAUCUCAGAUUCUGCCUUUGACAGCUGGUCUUGGCUGGGCUGCUGCCAAAGCCUGCGGCACCUGGAUCUGUCUGGCUGUGAGAAGAUCACAGAUGUGGCUUUGGAGAAGAUCUCGCGAGCACUUGGGAUUCUGACAUCUCAUCAGAGUGGCCUUUUGAGAACAUCUGAAAACAAGACGACUUCGUCUACGUGGAAGAACAGAGAUAUUGCCUCACAGUCCAGUGAGCCGUACACCAUUACUAACAAAGGCUUCAAAGAAGAAAUCGAUAACGAGCAGCCUUGGAAGGAGCCGGUGUCUUCUGACCGUUUAAGUUCGCCUUACGUGUGGAUGCUAGACGCCGAAGACUUGGCUGAUAUUGAAGAUGCGGUGGAAUGGAGGCACAGAAACAUCGAGAGCCUUUGUGUCAUGGAGACGGCCCCUAACUUUAGCUGCCCCACCUCCGGGUGUUACAGUAAGGACAUCGUCGGACUCAGGACUAGUGUCUGCUGGCAGCAGCAUUGCGCUUCGCCCACCUUUGCCUACUGUGGCCAUUCCUUCUGCUGUGCAGGCACCGCUCUAAGAACUAUGCCCCGACUCCCAGAGCCCUCUGCGCUCUGUAGGAAAGCCUCCAGGACUAGACUGCCCACAGCACAAGACUUCAUUUACUCUGGGAGUGCAAAGCCAGAGCCAGAGACUGCUCGUGCCCUUCUGUUUCUCAGUCUGUCUGGAUGUUACCAGAUUACAGACCAUGGUCUCAGGGUGUUGACUCUGGGCGGAGGGCUGCCGCGCUUGGAGCACCUGAACCUCUCGGGCUGUGUGACGGUGACGGGCGCCGGCCUACAGGACUUGGUCGCCGUGUGCCCUUCCCUGAACGAUGAAUACUUCUACUACUGUGACAACAUUAACGGUCCUCACGCAGACACGGCCAGCGGAUGCCAGAACUUGCAGUGUGGUUUCCGAGCCUGCUGCCGCUCUGGCGAAUGACUGCCUCCUGCCCUCUGUCUACUUCACUUAGCUGAGCAGGCUUCCUCUCAUGCACUUUACUCACCGCACACGGCUCCCGAUAACCAGCGGUCCGCCCCUCACCGCCCCAGAAAUCUCAGUUCACCGGGGAACCCCGCAGCAGCGUUGUUCCUCUUGCAAGCCCUCUUUUGGUUGUAGGAGGGGGUGGGUGGUUUGUUUUGUUUUGUUUUGUUUUCUGCCAUCUCACCAGCUUCCUGUUCAAGGGAGGGGAAGUGCGCUGAAAGACGGCCUGCCACCAGCAUGGCCGGUCGUGGGUCUGAGAGGGGCCUGGGGGUUUCGCCUCAGAGAGCCCUGUGCCCAGCAAGCCCUGCUGAGUUCUCAGAGGGACAUUCUUUGGUUUUCUUUGCCACGGCUGCACGUCUGGGGAACCCAUCUCAGUCACCAGGUUUCCUUCCCUUGGCCGUUCUCCGAGGGCCAUGGGAGACAGCCCCGUUCAGGUUCUUAAGGAUUGCAGGACAGCCAGGGCCCCGACGCUAGCUCGGCAGGCAGCCAAGCACCAGCGCGGUCCUGUUGGUUUUCCUCAGGGACCCCGGGUCCCCGCCACCGCCCCUAAAUUUUCAAGUUAGAGAUGGCCUUUUUCAAAGUUCCACAAUCAUCUGAAGACAUGUACAAAUAAAAAUUACUUUGAGGACUUUAUCAAAUAACACCUGUGUUUUGGUUCGAUUCUUGUAAAUCGUGAUUCAGGCUUCCAUGAGCAGAAAACACGACCUUGUCUCCCACUGGCCUGCAAAAUCUCGACCCUGACAAAUAAACUGUUUUGAAGACACCCCUAAA